GAGAAUUCGGAAUCCUUAAAUCCUAACCUACUUGAAGGUGACAUGAUUAUGUCGCCACAGCAAGUAAGAGGGUUACUCCUGGGACAGUCACGUGGCGCUCAUUUUGUUCGCCGCUGGCCAAAUGGCAUGGUGCCAUAUACUAUCGAUUGGAGUUUGGGUAAGCGUGACAUUAAUUUUAAAGUUGAAGACACUUUAAUCUAACAACUUUUUCUCCUAUGCUUAGGAUAUGAAUCGCCUGCUAGUAGUCUGUGAUCUUUGGAUAGACACUUUAAUCUAACAACUUUUUCUCCUAUGCUUAGGAUAUGAAUCGCCUGCUAGUAGUCUGUGAUCUUUGGAUAGGGAGUGAGUUUUGCCGAUGACAAGAGUUUGGGACGAGACAGGAGAAUGUUAUUGUGCCUUUAGUCUUGAUCCAGGCUCUCCCCUGUCAAAUAUCACCACGCCCGUACAACCAUGCGAUUAAAAAUAAAGAAAUAAAAAGUAGGAGAAAAGAAACACACACAAGCUAACCCGGAAGGCUUAGUAUUCUUAAGAUAUUACCUAACACCCCAAAAAAUGACAGCGUUCGUGCUAUGAUUUUAUCUUGCGUCAGAGAAACUGAGUCUGCCCAUCACAUUUCUUGCAGAAAGGGAAGAUGUGGCCAAAUCUGUCAUUGCUGCUGCUAUUGAGGAAUGGACAAGCAAAACCUGUUUGCAAUUCAAGGAAAGGACUUCCGAGAGGGCAUACGUUACAUUUCGCAUAGGAAGCGGGUUUGUGCCUGAUUUUAGUCAAACUAAUAUAUAUUAAUUUGAUUGUAUAAACGCCUUUAAUAGCAGUUUAAGUCACAUCGUUCGCCAGGAAUCGUGUCAAAACUGGACAGUUCAGGCCAUUUUCGAAACUGGACUCUACAAUUCUUCAUUCUUACACGAUUUUCUUUACCUGGAAGCCUUUCAUUAUCUCACUUUACUCUUGUAACCCUCGAAUAAUUCCUGCUGGAUAAUGCAUUCCCAUUUAAAUUUCUUCGUUUUGGGCUGUUUAAGAGUCCAAGAACUUUGUUGACUUGUUGCUCUCACUGAUUUUAGAAUAAAAUCAAUAAAGACAUCUCGUAACGAACAAUCCUGUUCUGUUUAUUAAACUCUCAGCUCGAAAUCCAAAAAUUGAUUGGCAUUUAAAUUCACCAAUCAGAGGGGUUGGCCUACAGACGAUCUGGCACCAAAUUCUCAUUACUUAUUCACAACAACAGAGUUAUAGCGAGAGAGAAGAAUUAUCUAUUAGGGAGCUAACAUUGUGUCUACAGAAUCUCAUAUGUUCUUGCAGUUGCUCUGCUUCAGUGGGAUAUCAAGGAUAUCAACAGUUCGUUAACCUAGCUCCUGGAUGUUGGCACAUGGGGACUGCGGCUCAUGAAAUCGGUACGUGGGUUGGGAAAAGGGUGGGGGGGGGGGUAUGGUUGCACAGGUCAGCUCCAGCUUACGAGCCAGUAAGCCUAUUACUGCAAGAGCUUACUACAUCUCUGGUGGCUUGAGGUAGCGUUGAGUAUUGUUACACCUCACUGAACGGGAUUCUGUUAAUUUUCUCUGACUUCAGACACGAUUUUAAAGAACCCUGGAUUAUUUUUCAACAGCGUAUGAUUUUGUUAUUGUGACUUAAGAAUAAAGUAUCCUUUCUUUAUCCUUUCUUUAUUGCUGUUACUCGAUAGUUUUCUCACUGAGACAUUGCUUGCUAUCGCUCUCGCGGCUUUUCCAGUCUGGGCAGUGAUGUUAGUAGUUCUCAAGCCAUUGCACAUAACAGCAAAUGAUAAUCACUCUCAUUCACUUGUGAGUCCAAUUUCUUGUGUGGCUAGAAAAGUGUGUUCUUACAACCUACGCCACUAGCUUUCGAUUGAGAACUAAUAUGGAGAAGAUUUGUUUUCUUCUGUCCGUUUAACAGAGACCAUAUUUCUUUUUGGUUUCCCCAAGUAUAAUAUAUUUGAUGAAAUUUCGUUUCAGAUCGAGUUUGGUCAAAGAGAAAGAGAGAGCGAAGGAGAUGCCCGUCAAAUGAACAAGAUGUACAACUGCCCAUAG